AUGAUGUCUCGGCUGGUUUUGUUGCUGGGGCUGCUCCUGUAUGUGGGGGCUCAGCUGUCCUCCGCCCAGCACUGGUCCCAUGGGUGGUACCCCGGAGGCAAACGGGAGCUAGACUCCUUCGGAGCUCCAGAGAUGUCAGAGGACAUUAAGUUGUGUGAGGCAGGAGAAUGUAGCUACCUGAGACCCCAGAGGAGGAAUAUCCUGAGAGACAUUGUUCUGGAUGCUUUGGCCAGAGAGCUUCAGAAAAGGAAAUGA